UUCAAUUUAUGCAAGAGCUCCAGCCGCUCCAAGCUCCAGUUCUUCGUUUGCGUUUACACCUGCUCAACAUCAACAGUUCCAAUUUCUUCAGCAAUAGCAACAAGCACAACAAUAGUUUCAACAGCAACAGCAGCAACAGCAACAACAACAACAGUUUCCGCAGCAGCAAAUUUCUUUUGGACCUAUCCUUCAGGCUCCAAAUCUUUUAAGCAAUACGCAGAUCAAGACAACAAUA